AAAAUGAAAACCCUAGUUGAAGAGAAGUUCUCUGACUUCUUUGAGAAGUGGGUCUGCGAGCUUGAAGAAAAUGUCCAACAACUCCUAAGUGUGUCGACAGAGAAGCCGAACGAAGCAGAGCUACAAGCCCUGGUGUCUAGGGUUACAACCCAUUACAAGGAGUACUACACUGUGAAAUGGGCUAGCGCUCAUGAAGAUGUGCUUGCCUUCUUCUGUCCAGUAUGGUUGAGUCCCUUAGAGAAUGCUUGUUUAUGGGUCACGGAUUGGAAGCCAUCGAUGGCGUUUCAAGUCAUUGACACGUUGAGGAAGACGAUUGUGGUGCCGGGAGCUAGUAUCUUGGACAUGUCCGAAGAGCAGGUGAAAAAGAUUGAGGAGCUGAGAGUGAAGAUAAGGCUGGAGAAGGAGAAGGUGGAGAGGGAAAUGGAGAGGCAGCAGGUGUCCGUGGCGGAUAGAAGGAUGGUGGAGUUGGCACGGCUGGCAAGCCGGGUGAGGAACGGGGAUGGGAUGGGUCGGGUGGAUGUGUUGGUGGAGGUGGCAUUGAAGGGGCUCCUGGGUGGCUUGGAGAGGGUCAUGAAGGCUGCAGAUUGUGUGAGGCUGAAAACUUUGAAGGGGUUGCUGGAAGUGCUGAACCCAUCGCAGUGUGUUGACUUCUUGGCCGGGAUUUGUACGCUACAGAUUCGGCUCAGGCAACGGGGGAAGAAAAGAGAGAGCCAGAAGGAGAAUAGAAUGGUCGAAGAACCCAAACUUGUUUAG